GCAACAGUGUACUCGCAAAAAUGAAAAUGUCGGGAAUUGUGAUAGCCUGGUAAUGUUUGUAUUCCAUCUAAAAAGAUUGUGGCUACUUAAUUGUUUGUGUUCAAUUAAAAUGUAUAACACGUCUUAUUCGUAAUCGUAAGUAACCACAUAUGAGCACAGUUGGUGUUUGUGUGAUUUUAAAAAAAAAUUAUGCAAAAAUGAAACAAAAAAUCGAAAAUUGAUUUCCAUGCAAGUGUAAUGAAAAUGAAAAGAGAAGUUCAAUCAAAUUGCGGCGCAUAUAACUUAUAUAAAUGACAGUAACUUAGUAGUCGUUUACUUCCGUUGCGAUAUAAAAACUGUCAGUGACCCGGGUGCACACGUUAAAUUAGUGCCGAACGUUAAAGUGUUAAGAUUGCUAACGAUUGCUACGACUUAUUGUUUUAGACGAUGAAACGCUUUGUAGUGUUUGUCUGUUUUCUGACUUUGUCAGCAGCAAGACCGGAACCGCCAAAACCUCAAUACGGACCACCGCUACCAGCACCGCAGAAGGAAUACUUGCCUCCCAGUGCAAAUUCAGCGGCACAUCCAUCUCCACCAUUGCCUAUUUAUGGAACUCCGGCGCCAUUUUAUGGACCUCCUGGCGCCGAAGCAAUAGUUACUAAAAACGUAUACGUUCACGUACCGCCCGAAGACCAUGAAGUUUAUCAAUUAGCUGCGCCACUGCAAACUGCAGUGCCAAAAAAACAUUAUAAGAUUAUAUUUAUAAAGGCACCAAGUCCACCUGCCCCUUACCGUCAAGUCGUGCCACCGCCCGUGCAGGAUGAGCACAAGACAUUAGUCUAUGUUUUAGUGAAGAAGCCGGAAGAACAACAACCUUUAGUUUUGCCAACACCACAGCCAACUGAACCCAGCAAACCGGAAGUUUAUUUCAUCAAAUAUAAGCAACGUCAGACGCCCGCGCAACAAUACGGCCCACCAUCAGCUCCCGCCGCCGAAUACGGUCCGCCAGCUGAAAAAUUCUAAAAUCGUGACUAAUUAAUUAAUAUCAUGCAAAUAAGUUUUACUUAAUUAAUUUAAACUCCUAAUUAGAUAAAUUCGCUAAUUUACUCCUUAUCAAGUGUUCGUAAAGUGAUCUUGUUAUUAAGUUCUUUUGUUAUAUUGUGCAUCAAUAAAAUAGUGUUUUAAUGAAAUCUCACGAAAUAAAUUGUGUCCUAUUUUGAAACGAAAUCAAAGGUUUUUUCCUUUCUGCGAUGAACUCCCCAAGCGACAACCUUACCUUGUUGCGGAAACCUCACACUUUCGAAUUGUCUUCAUCUGAAGCCAUAGUUAUCUUCUUUUUUUUUAAGAUUUGAAUUCCGACCUAUAACACGGAAAUUUUGCUAAAUAUAUCAAUGUGCCCGUGUUUUAAUUUCAAUCACACUUUAAUAUAAAAAUAAAAAAUAAUUCAAUUUCUAGCAGCUGCAGGAAAGGAAGGAAGUAUAUGUUCAGGUAUACUUUAAUUUUUCUUUUCCAGUCCUUUUUUGUACCAAAGCGAUUGUAAAGAAAAUUUUCGUGAUUUAUACUCAAUACUAAUCCAAGUUUGUUCUCAGCGACAGUAACUUUGGCGCGGAUUUGGCGCUUGCAGUUGCAGCAAACUUUGCUUGCUGCAGCCUAUUGCCUGCUUACAUGAUUAGCCUCCUAAUCGUCGUGAGAAAAAUGAACUUAAGAUUCGUUUUAAAUAAUACAAUUUUAUUUUUUUUUUAUUUUUUAUUUUUAUCAUUAUUAAUGUUUAUU